CCGGCCGGCGGCGGACUUUUCCUCCGCUUGGCCGGUCUGAAUGAUUCGGUCAGAUUCCUCUGAACACACAUCCGCUCCAGCAAGUAUGGCAUAAAGAGAUGGUUUGGAACCAUGAAUUGCAUCGCACUUCCUUCGCAAACACAACACCAGAUGGAGGACACUACCUCUCACUCUCAAUCUCACUACUACUUCCUCUACCUCUGGGCUCUCGUGUCGCUGGCGUUUGCGCUCGCAGCCUACCGCCGGUUCCUGACGGCGGCAAGGGCAAAUGGUGGCUUGCAGCUCCCGCCGGGACCUUGGCAGCUGCCGGUCAUCGGCAGCCUGCACCACCUUGUCGGGCAGCUUCCCCACCGCGCCAUGCGCGACCUGGCGCGGCGCCACGGGCCGGUCAUGCUGCUCCAGCUCGGCGAGCUGCCCACGGUGGUCGUGUCCACCCCAGACGCUGCCCGUGAGGUGAUGAGGACACAGGAUCUGACCUUCGCGUCGCGGCCGUUGACGGCCAGCAUGCGCGUGCUCACCAACGACGGCCGGGACAUCGCCUUCGCGCCCUACGGCGAGUACUGGCGCCAGCUCCGCAAGAUCGCCGUCACGGCGCGCCGCGUCCUCUCCUUCCGCGCCAUCCGCGAGGAGGAGGUCGCCGCCAUGCUGCGCCUGGUCGGGUCCGCCGCCCGCCCAGUGGAGAUGCGCGCGCACCUGACCGCCCUCGUCAGCAACACCACGUUCCGCGCCGUCAUGGGCGACCGGUGCAAGCAGCGCGACGUGUUCUUGCGCGUGGUCGACGAGGUGAUGCAGCUCUCCACCGGGUUUAACCCAGCCGACAUGUGGCCGUCGUGGUCCUGGCUUGCCGGACGGCUCAGCAACGACAUGCGUCGUGCCAAGGAGUGCCACGCCACCUUGUAUGAUAUGUUCGGCGGCAUCAUCGAGGAGCAUCUGGAGAGGAUGGAGGGCGACGGCGGCGGCGACGGCAACGGCGAAGCCAUGGACCUGCUGGACGUGCUACUGAAGAUACAUAAGGAUGGUGGGGUGGACAUGGUCGCAAUCAAAGCAGUCAUCUUUGAUGUGUUCAUUGCCGGAAGCGAGUCGUCGGCGACGACGCUGGAAUGGGCCCUAGCGGAGCUGAUCAAGAACCCAGAGGCGAUGAAGAAGGCGACGGCCGAGGUGCGGCAAGCCUUCGAUGCCGGUGGCAGGGUCGUCGAGGACAGGCUCGGCGAGCUGACCUACCUGCACCUGGUCAUCCGGGAGGCGCUCCGUCUGCAUCCGCCGCUGCCGCUGUUGCUCCCGCGCCUGUGCCAGGAGCCGUGCAAGGUGCUGGGAUUCGACGUGCCCAGAGGCACCCAGGUGAUAGUCAACGCGUGGGCGCUGGGCCGCGACGAGCAGCACUGGCCCGACGCCACUGAGGAGUUUCGGCCGGAGCGCUUCGAAGCCGGCACCCGCACCGCCACGGUGGAUUUCAGGGGCGCUGACUUCGAGCUCCUGCCGUUCGGCGCCGGCCGGAGAAUGUGCCCUGGGAUAGCGUUCGGCCUCGCCAGU